CUUAGUGUCGCUGUGGUGGGAGGUGCGCUGCUUCUGCCGAUGGCAGCGGUGUCAGUGCGCGGCGUUGCCCGCUCUGCCUGCUGUUGGAGCCGCUGUGUCGGUAGCAACGCUCCGGCGAUGGCUACGGCGGCCAUCGGCGCCAUGACCCUGCAGAAUCUACGUUUCGACAACCUGGCGCUGCGGUCGCUGCCCGUGGACUCUAGCGACGAACCGGGCAGUCGCCAGGUGCCCGGCGCCUGCUUCUCCCUGGUGCGGCCGGCCCCGGUGGAGGAGCCCCGGCUGGUGGCCUACUCGGCGUCCGCCCUCGCUCUCCUCGGGCUGCGGGAACCGGGAGAGCGGGAGCUGGCCGAGUGCUUCAGCGGGAACCGGGUGCUGAAGGGCUCCCAGCCCGCUGCCCACUGCUACUGCGGUCACCAGUUCGGCUUGUUCGCCGGGCAGCUGGGCGACGGCGCCGCUAUGUACCUGGGCGAGGUGCUGGGCGCCGAGGGCCGGAGGUGGGAGCUGCAGAUUAAAGGCGCCGGGCCCACCCCUUACUCCAGGCAAUCAGAUGGCCGUAAAGUGCUUCGCUCCAGUAUAAGAGAAUUUCUUUGUAGUGAGGCCAUGUACCACCUUGGAAUACCUACGACACGAGGUGGAACUUGUGUAACAUCCAAUUCUAAAGUCAUCAGGGACAUGUUCUAUGACGGGCAUCCAAAAUAUGAAAGAUGCACUAUUGUCCUCCGUAUUGCCCCAACAUUUCUACGAUUUGGAUCUUUUGAGAUCUUUAAACCUGUGGAUGAGCAGUCGGGUCGAAAGGGACCUAGUUCUGGUAGAAAUGAUAUUAGAAUUCAGAUGCUUGACUACGUCAUCGAGACGUUCUAUCCUGAAAUUCAACAUGCAUAUCGUCAGGACAAGGCACAGCGGAAUGCCGCUUUUUUCAGAGAGGUAACCAAGCGGACAGCCAGACUGGCUGCUGAAUGGCAAAGUGUUGGCUUUUGUCAUGGUGUUCUAAACACAGACAACAUGAGUAUUAUUGGACUCACCAUCGACUAUGGACCUUUUGGCUUUAUGGACAGGUUUGAUCCGGAUUAUGUAUGUAAUGCUUCUGAUAACAGAGGCCGCUAUGCUUAUAACCGACAACCUGAAAUCUGUAAGUGGAACCUGGGCAAACUGGCAGAAGCCUUGGUUCCUGAGCUGCCUCUGGAAGUGGGCCAGUCUAUCAUUGAAGAAGAAUAUAAGUCAGAGUUUGACCAACACUUCCUGCAAAAGAUGAGAAAGAAAUUGGGACUACUUAGAUGUGAGAAGGCAGAGGAUGAAGAAUUAGUUUCUGAUCUUUUGCAUGUUUUCCAUAUAACAGGUGCGGAUUUUACAAACUGCUUCCGUUUACUUAGUAAUUUUCCAAUUCCUGGAUCAGCCACAUCUUUCACAUUGGCAGAUUUCCUUGAAAAACUAAUUGAGCAAUGUGCAUCACUGGAAGAUCUGAAAUUAGCUUUCACUCCAGCUAUGGAUCCACGGCAGCUGUCCAUUUUGCUGGCCCUAUCUCAAUCGAAUCCACAGCUCUUUGAACUGAUUGGUGACAAAAGGGGAGUUGCUAAGGAGCUGGAUCGAAUAGAGCGCUUCUCAGAGCUCCAACAGAUGACAACAGAAGAGCUACAAAACAAACUCAAGAAAGCCUGGACAGACUGGCUCCAAAAAUACAGGUCUCGUUUGGAGAAUGAAGCGGAGGGUGUUGAUGAUGUUGAUGAACUGAACACUGAACGAGUGAAAGUGAUGAAUGCAAACAACCCAAAAUUUAUCCUGAGGAAUUACAUUGCACAAAAUGCAAUAUCAGCAGCGGAAGAUGGGGACUUCUCAGAGGUUAGACGGGUUCUAAAGCUUCUUGAGCAACCAUACAGUGAGGAACCCUGUGUGGAGGAAGACCUGGUCCAAGAAACAACAGAGGAGGCUACAGCAUCAUGUGAUCAAUUAAGUAGCAAGAGAGUACCAUACCACAGCAGGCCACCUGACUGGGCUGGGAAACUUCUAGUCACCUGAUCUUCAUAACCACCUUGUUUUUUGGCUUCUUGUUAACUCACAACUGUUAGGAAUUGACUGUUAAACUGAAGUUUCCUUUACACAGUGGAGAAGCCACAACAAGGUAAAUAGAGUACCACUUUUUCCUCGCGACAGAUGUAAAAUGGAGAUUUCACUAUACAAAAAGCAGUACCAGAUGGUUCUUAAGUCUUUCUGCCUCAUUGAAAUAUAAAGAAUGAGUUACCUUGACCACAAUGUGGUCAGCAGAAACACAGCAUGAAAACCUUUAGGGUAGAAAAUGUUGAAAUGUCUAUUUAAAGAUUACAUGCCCCUUAAAUACAUGAAUUGUUUGAGAUUGUUGGAGUGAAAUGCUAAUAGUUUUGCAAGCAGCUGUAGUGUAGAAACAGGCCCUGCCAUCUGAACCAGCCACUUAGUACCUACAUUUCUGCAGUAAUCUUGUUUUCCAUCCACUACUCAGGUCAUUGCCUUCUAUGCUUUGGCAUUUGGCAUUUCACAUGCUCACCUGUGCAGUUGUAUCCGAAGUCAGGAUGUCAUGUUUUUUGAACAUGAGAAUUAAAUUUUUAUAUGUUUAGUAGAAAACAGACUGCUGACAACAUGAAUGAGUAAGUAAUGGACAGUGUUCAAAGGAAUAGUUGGUUUAGGAGUCAGAAGUUUGUGUAAUUGUAAACUGAACAUUACCAUUUGGAACCACUGAUUACUGUAUGUUCAGUGAUUUUACCGUAAGUUUUGAAGACAAGAAUUUUAUUCAGCUGAAGGUCACAUUAAUUUUUACUAUAUUCGGUUCCUUUAAGCAAUUCAGUCAUGAAAUUACAUUGUCUUAAUGAGAAUAUAGAACUUUUGAUUGAGACACAGAUUUAGGAUGGUGAUGAAUAUUUGUAACUCAGAUUGAGGCAUUUAUGUUGCAAUGUUUGCCGAACUUGGCAAUCGGCUAGCGGAUUGAGGUGCUGCUUAAGUUGGAAAUGGAAACUCCAGAUAAAAUCUGUAAUCAUGAAUACAAAAAUAUCAACUCUGAUACACUGAGCUAUUUUUGUAAGAUGUGGAAACUGCUGUACUCUUAAAAUUCUCAGCAUUAAGAAACGUUAACGCACAAACAGGCUAUAGUUCCUUACAUGGUAAUUUGCACAGUACUUCCUCAAUGAUUAUUUUUAUAUAAGUUCAUACUAUUCAAAGUAGCAUUUUAGUUAUAAAGGAUUCAAUGGAAUUGAUGCUUUUUAAAAUUUAUGCAAAUUGUUCAGCUGCUUUGCUUUAUCAGUAUGAUGGUAAACAAGCCAUUAACGGGUACAAUAAAUGAAUAAAAGAAAAGUACAUCUUU